AAAUAGAUGGUGCCUGAUAUUUAUCCCCAGCGACCGGCGAAAUUGCAACCAAGAGAAAGAAGAAGAGAACUAAAUCAGAGAUUUAAAACGUGGAUGGAAUUUAUUUUUCUCGUUUCUCAAUUUCUUCUGUAAACUAGAAUUAAGUUUUGUUUCGCUAUCUGAAGCUCCAUGGAAGCUUAUAAGCAAUGGGUUUGGAGAAAUAGAGAGUAUGUACAUUCCUUGGGAUCCCUUGCCAACGGAUUGACAUGGCUGCUUCCUGAGAAGUUUUCUGCUUCAGAGAUUGGACCAGAAGCAGUAACGGCUUUUUUGGGCAUAUUCACAACUAUCAAUGAACACAUAAUUGAAAAUGCUCCAACACCUCGUGGUCAUGUUGGACCUUCCGGGACUGAUCCAUCCCUUUCUUAUCCGCUACUCGUCGCCAUCCUUAAGGACUUGGAAACUGUUGUGGAAGUGGCGGCUGAACACUUUUAUGGAGACAAGAAAUGGAAUUUCAUUAUUGUCACUGAAGCUAUGAAGUCUCUGAUUAGGUUAGCCUUGUUCCGUAAUAGCGGUUAUAAGAUGCUUCUUCAAGGAGGGGAAACACCUAACGAUGAGAAAGAUUCUGACCAAACAGAGUCGCAAAAUAGAGCUGGUAAUUCAGAUAGGAAUCAUGGACCUCAUAGUUUCAUAAACCAAAAUCAUCAUAAUCCAUGGAACUUGGAAGGACGAGCGAUGUCAGCUUUAAGUUCAUUUGGUCAGAAUGCAAGAACUGGAACAACAACAACAACAACAACAUCUACCUCAGGUUGGUCUCCAAGGGUUCAACAUCAGCAAGCAGCUAUAGAGCCUCCAAUGAUCAAGGAGAAGCGAAAAACGCUGUCCGAUCUUUUAUCUGAGAAGGGUGUUAAUGGAGCGUUGUUUGCAAUGGGUGAGGUUCUUUUCAUAACAAGACCGCUCAUAUACGUUCUUUUCAUCAGAAAAUACGGAAUCCGGUCUUGGAUUCCCUGGGCUAUUUCUCUUUCCGUGGACACACUGGGAAUGGGAAUUCUUGCAAAUUCAAAGUGGUGGGGGGAGAAGAGGAAGCAAAUUCAUUUCUCGGGACCUGAAAAGGAUGAGCUUAGGAGACGGAAGCUGCUCUGGGCAUUGUACCUCAUGAGGGAUCCAUUCUUCACCAAGUACACAAGGCAAAAGCUGGAAAGCACUCAAAAGAUGCUGGAACCAGUUCCGUUGAUCGGAUUCCUCACAGAGAAAAUUGUGGAGCUUUUGGAGGGAGCUCAGUCACGGUACACUUACAUAUCGGGAUCCUGAGGUUGACCGACCAUUACUUUAUUGUUUUUGCAACGGACGAAAAAGAAGAUGGCCAUUGUUGGGAAUACGUAGAGGAAGUGUUUCAGGCUUUGUAAGAAAUUUGCAUUUAUUGCAGUUUAGGACAUGAUUACAGUGUUAUGCGUCUAUGUCUAAAGAAGGGACCUAUACAAUAAUAGCGUUUUCAUCCGAGAGAAUGUUUAGUCGGGGUAUAAGUAAAACGGACCAUUUCGUUCCUA